UCUAGUAGUGCAGUUCCAAGCAUGACCAGUUUCAUCUCGAUACUUCGUUGGUGCGCCACCUUACUCGCUCUUACGCCCAUCGUAGCGAGUGGAACGCGUCUAUUUGACUCGGAGAAAGGUUCACACGCCCACCGUAGUUUGCAAUCUGAAGAAUACGCCAUUUCAUUCGAUUCAGUGACAAAUACCAAAAACAAUAUAACGGUAAACUUCAUCAACGGCGCAGGAAGUGGUGCGCCGACAGGUCGUUUUGAGAUCUUUGUGGCAAAUGCUUCCAGUACAGCCUCGGACUACACCUUGUCCUGCUACAGCAAGGAUGGUAUCGUCUUUGAUGGCGAAGGUAUAUCCGAACGGACGUCCACGGUAGGAACGCCCAACUCAACUUUCGACUUUUCUUUCGACCGCGAAGUGGACGAAGUCACUAGUCCUUUCUAUUUUGGGGGCGUAAAUACAGAUAUCAUUGGGGAAGCCAAACUAAUCCUUUGCGUCAAGUUUACUCUCACCGAAAGCAUUGGAGACUCAAUUAUUGAUGUCAACUACAAAGAAGUUGCUAUUGCGUUUAGUCUUACGCUUGACGGUGGUAUUGAUUCAGCCGAGGCUUUCGUUGUCAAUGCUGUGGACGUCGACCUGGAUUCGAACAGUGCCGUCCAAUACACAGCAACCGCUGCUCUCUGUGGAGACUUUUCCGGCUCGGUAACUCCCCGCCCCGGCAUAGCUCUUCCCAUAUGCAUCAAGGCCGACAAUUAUCCCUUGUCUCGAAUCCUGGCUGUUGAGGAUCUGUCUCUAAGCUCCGGGAGUUUGAAGCAAGAGAUUCUUGUCAACGGCGCCGGUGCGACAGGUGCUGCAGGUUUCUACGAAACGCCCGUGAGUGAUGGUGCGUGUCUUGCUAAGGAGUGCAUUCAAUACGAUGUGUUGGUGUACGCCAUAUUCGCGACGGGGGACAAUUUGUCGAUUGAUAUAACGGGAAGCGUUGUCUUAGGGAUUGGUAAUUCUCGACGAACUCUCGGAGCACGUGUCGAAACGAGCCGAGAUCUGGAGGAAUAUUUUAUCAAGAGAGGUUUUCAGACAACGGUGAGUCUGCGUAACCUCGACCAGGCGUCAUCUUCAGGUGCCUACAGUACAUCUAUUGCGAGCUGGAUUAUGCAUAUGUUGACCACUGGGACUGUUGCUCUUGUGGCAGCUUUCGUCUAGGCUUUGCAAGGAAACGGACAUCCCCAACGUGGUACUGGCACUACCGCUAAGAAGCUGUUCGCGAACAAAAUAUAACAGAAACUCUUGAAUGU